UGAUUUUCCUAACUAUACCAUGCUCGCCAUGUGUUUGUCGAUGGAGCGUGGGUUAUAAAUUGAAUAUAUUUGCUAGACUUGCAGUAUAUUAUACAGCAUUAUUGGGUUAUAACGUUCUUGUUGCAUAAAUACUAUUAUAAAGAAGUGCUAAAUGGCACCCAAAAAAUCUGUGCGUAAAGUAAAACCUGGAAAACGGCCAAAUAAUGGCUUUGCAGAGAAAUCUGAUAACAGCACUGAAGACAUAGUUGUGAAUGGGCACGGAGUUAAACGGCAUCUGCCUGAUGAUAUUUCAGUGAAACAGAAAAAGAAGAAGCCAGCGAAGUUAGAACACACUGAAAACAAUGAAGAUGAAAGUGAUAAUGACAGCGGAGAAGAAGAGUUGGAGGAGGAAGCUACGCCGUGCGAUGUGGCAAAAAUAUUACCUGGAUCCGCCGUAGGUUUGGAAAUAAUGAACAAUGCUGCGUUCUCAUCCCUAAAAGACAAAGUAUGUGAAAAUACCCUGAAGGCAAUUGAAGAUAUGGGUUUUGCUAACAUGACUGAAAUUCAAGCCCGAUCAAUUCCUGCCCUAAUUGAAGGACGAGAUCUUGUUGGGGCUGCAAAAACAGGCUCUGGAAAAACACUAGCAUUUUUAAUACCAGCUGUCGAACUCAUCUACAAACUAAAGUUCAUGCCACGAAACGGCACCGGCUGCAUUAUAAUAUCCCCGACACGUGAGUUGUCUAUGCAGACCUUUGGCGUUCUCAAGGAGCUCAUGAAGCACCAUCAUCACACUUAUGGCUUGCUGAUGGGAGGCGCAAAUAGGAAAACUGAGGCACAGAAACUUUCUAAGGGUAUAAACAUCGUGGUAGCUACACCUGGACGAUUGUUGGAUCACCUUCAAAACACUCCUGAUUUUUUGUAUAAAAAUCUUCAGUGCCUAAUUAUCGAUGAGGCUGAUCGUAUACUGGAUAUUGGUUUUGAAGAAGAAUUGAAACAGAUUAUCAAUAUUCUGCCCAAAAGAAGGCAGACGAUGUUAUUCAGCGCGACACAGUCUCAGAAAACGGAAGCUUUGACUACCUUAGCUCUCAAAAAAGAGCCGAUAUAUGUGGGGGUGGAUGACGAAAAAGAAAAGGCAACCGUCGAGGGUUUGGAACAAGGUUAUGUUGUGUGUCCAAGUGAGAAACGUUUUCUGCUUCUGUUCACCUUCCUUAAGAAGAAUCGGAAGAAGAAGGUUAUGGUAUUCUUCAGCUCCUGCAUGUCCGUCAAAUAUUACCAUGAACUAUUGAAUUAUAUCGACCUACCGGUGAUGAGCAUACACGGAAAGCAAAAGCAAACUAAACGCACCACAACGUUCUUCCAAUUUUGUAACGCAUCCACUGGUAUUCUUCUAUGUACCGACGUUGCAGCUCGUGGUCUUGACAUUCCUGAUGUUGAUUGGAUCGUGCAAUAUGAUCCGCCGGAUGAUCCUAAGGAAUAUAUACACAGAGUUGGAAGAACAGCACGUGGAGAAGGCAGUAGUGGUCACGCCUUGAUGGUUUUGCGACCAGAAGAAUUAGGAUUUCUGCGUUACCUGAAGCAGGCACGAAUUCCCGUUAAUGAAUUCGAGUUCUCGUGGAACAAGAUCGCCGAUAUACAGUUACAACUCGAAAAGUUAAUAUCAAAGAACUACUUUUUGAACACCUCCGCUAAGGAGGCCUUCAAAGCUUACGUACGGGCGUACGAUUCGCAUCAUCUGAAGCAGAUUUUCGACGUUGAGACCUUGGAUUUAUCCAAAGUUGGUAAAUCGUUUGGAUUCAUCGUACCGCCUGCCGUUGACCUGAAAGUUGGAAUAAGCAAGGAUUCCAGACCUAGGAAGAGACAGGGGGGCGGCGGCUACGGUCACUUCAAGAACAUGAACGCGAAUCCAAGUGGACGAAGACAAGUCGAUCGCUCCAAGACUUUCAGGCAAUCUGGAAAUCGAGGAAAAUCAGAUCGUCGUCAAUUUGCGAGAUAGGGAAUUAUAAUUUUAAUUGUACUUAUUUAAGGCGCGGCGACACGCGAGACCUGUCGCUAUUUGUUGAAUAAAAAAAGGAGACAAGCAAAUUAACAAUUUUACAGUCGUCGGUUAUCUAUAAACGAAUUUCUCGCACCUAUAGGAGACCUUGAGCGGGUGGGAUUCUCAAAAUAUCAAAUUUAUAAAUACAACAUUUUUUAUCGGUAUCAAAUCAAUACCCGUAUUAUAUAUCAUAAUUUUUUUUUCUCGUCCACCGAAGAUGUAGAACAUGGAAACGUGCAGCAUUCGUUUCGUAAUCGGGAAGGGGUACAAUUUUUCGCGAUAUGAAAAUAGAUCCGAGCGUGAUUUGCUAUGUAAUAUACGAUAUCCGUGUCUCUGUACGUACGUGUGUGUGUAACGUGAUCUGUGACAAUAUAGUAUCUUUAAUUCAUCCCGCAGACUUGUGAGUUGUUUAGCAUCAAGAACGCGUAAUGAAAUUAUUAAAGUAUAUACGCGACGUUGAUGUACAUACGCGUAGGUUGGCCAAGCAGCCAUAUUUCUUUCUGGCACUUAGAUUUCUUGCUACGUCUCGGCGUCGUCGUUGUUGUAUGGUUUUCACAUACAGUCAGUACUCGUCCUCAUGUCAGUUCAUUUGGCGUUCAAUUUUCACACGUUCUUUUAACGAUAUGUAUUUGUCAUUUACUGGGCUAUCAGAGGCCAAAAACGGUUACAUAUCUUACAGAUGCAGAACAAUACGCAUGCCACGUAGACGAGAACAUCAAGCAACCUUGUACGGCUUUUCACGUGUGAAACUAAACUAGGGCAAAGAUUACCGGAUUGCUCGUAUAAAUCUGGUUCUGAUUUAUCCGCUUCCGUGGAUUCCUGUUCAACGCUUUGUUGAUUCAGAUCAGAUCGUUCUUCGUCUUGUAUAAUCUUUGCAUAACAAUUUUCUUAGCGGCGGGUAAACUCGCGUCUUGCACAAAUUAUGCAAGCGAUAUACCUACGUAUGAUGCGCGCUGGGUAAACUGACGUUAUAAAUCGACUCUACAAUAUCUAAUUUUGUGUAGUUGAAUCAUUGUAUCUAUCUUCUAUAAUCCUACCUUGGACUCGGUGCUAGAUAAAAAUAUGACUAUAUUUUUAACAUUUUAACAGAAUUAUUAUUGUUAUCAUCGUCACGUGAUAUCAUUUUAGUUUAAAGCUUGUUGUUAAAACACGCUUUUACGUCUAUUAUAAGGUAUUGAUGUAAAAAAUAUACAUGAUGUUCCAUUUUCGACUCGAGUGACAAUUUGUAAUUAUAAUUAAUAAACUGCAAAAUGAAUUUCACUGCAGCGGAAAUGGGUGGAAAAUAAAUUUCGUAACAUUUCAUUCGAUGACGAUCGUUCUUGAUAAAUGUUUGUGUCUUGCGUCAUCUGAUUCUUUUAUUCGAAAUAGAAGAAAAAUUCAAUUUUUCCGUCGGUUUUCCACAAUUUUCCACAAUUUUCGCUGAUUAGUGUGAUGUAUGUAACAAAAUUGACAGCGGUUUCAGGAUCUGUUGGUGAUCAAUCUUUGUUGCGACUUUCUGGUGUGUAGGAAGUAUAUUAUGUGGCCACCAACCCGGUCGGCAAAUAGCGCUAAGAAGAGGAUGACAGAAGAAGAAGAAGACGAAGAAGCAGCAGGAGACAAAGAAGCAGCCAAUGAAUCCUAAAGAAGAAAUGGCGCCCGCGAUCGUAGAAGGCGACAACCCGUAGGUGCCGCAGAAACGAGACGACAUUCCUAAUAUGCUCUGGACCCUUCAGCGACGUGCGACGACGUUAUAUGCGCUGACCACACCAGCGCCUGCAAAAACACAGCUGACAAUCUCCGCUCCGUCUCGGAGAGGUCCUUCUCUGGAGUCACCACGGAUACCUGCAGGAUCAACCUACGCGAUUCCACCUACCCAGCCACCUUGGUUCGCUUUGGCUUCCCCCGCCGUCAAUAAUUUCUCAAUUUGCCUCACCUGCACGAGAGAAACAACGGGAUUCGUGUAGAGAGCGAAGAGAGAGGAAGAAGAGAAGAUUAAGAUUGUUCACUUCGAACUUGAAGCUGUCAACCCGAACGGGACCUUAUCAUCUUCACUUGUACUCUUUUUUUUCCCCAUUCUUUGUUUUCACGCACAAGGUAUGCAAGUAUGUACUCGAAGUACGUACAACACAUGCCAAUCAAUCAAUCAAUCAAUCAACCAGUCGAUGCGGGGAAGGUCGGAAUCGCAACGAACAGGUGCCUUGCGUUCUACUCCCGCUUUAACACGACACGUCACAACAGAACACCGCCAUUUCUGCAUUAUAGCAGGCCGUACGCGGGGAUGUCAUGGAUCAGGAUGAUACCAAACCAGAUGCCUCUACUGACUGCAAGCAACCGAUCAACUUCGUUAGAGGUCUUCGUUGAGCUACUCUGGUGGAGGAAGCUUCCUCGUCGAGCAACUGCGAACGGAUGAAGGAUGAGGAGAGAAGUUGUGUGCUAGCUGAUCAACUGAGCAUGUACCAAAGGCGCAUGUAUACCCCCAUGAUGUAAAUCUGUAUAAAUAUGCCGUAGGAAAUUGUGGAUCCAAUCGGUCGUGUAAUUAAUGCCAGAGUCCUCAAGCUGUUCAUCAUGUAACUUCCGUUACAAUUAUGUCAUCGUUGAUCAGCUUUGGACAUCGUGAUGCGUCCAUCUGAUACAAGAUAUGUGCGUACCUAUAAGAUAUACUAUCGCAUGAAGACCAGAGCCGAAAGUAACUCUUUCCCAGAUGACAACAACUGAGUCGAAGCUUAUCGAAGAAACUGGUUGAAAAAGGUGUAAAUGAAAACUCUGAUGGAGCAUGGGGAACAAAAUAAUCGCGAAAAUAACGCAGUCCGUGUGUGGAAUCGCACGAUAUUCUACGCCACGUGACACAAACCAGACGUGAGGAUGAUUCCGUGCUUGCUGCUGUUGCUGCUGCUGCUCAUCUCCUCUACACCCUGCAGCAGCAUUGGUUAAUAUGGUAUCUCGGCCUGCAUCUGCGACCCGGAUGUCAAAAACACAUGGCAUUAGCCAACCGCACGCCGUUGACGAAACCUGCAUUGAGAAUCCAGCUAUUCCAAGAUAUUUUCAGACUAUUGUGAACGGUGAACGCAGCAGCGUAUAAUACCGUGUUGGGAAUACCGGAUGGGACAGUGAUAUUAUAUUCAGUGAGCGAGAAAAGAAAUAAGAACGAGUAACAAUAAAAUAACGCCAUGUAUGCGAUCAUGAACUGUGUGCCUCUGUGUUGUUGCUGCUGCUGCUUGGAGCUUUUAGAGUCGUGGCCAGGGACCGACUCGCGAGGUCGGUCUUUGGAGCGAGUGAAAUCGACGAAUCGCACUCACUCGGGCAACUCGGUUGCUCGUUUCGAGUUGCUCUACGCGUCGGGUAGUGAUGGGUAAACGCAGCUAUCGAACGCGAUCAAGCGGGCAUUACGCGUGCAUCUAACUGAACGCACGCAACAGGUUGAAUGCGCCGGUUGUAAAGCCUAGACGCUACCUGAUGGACAACGACGAGUAUUCGAUCGUUGUUCCAGGACGGCGGGGCCGCAAGAAUCGGCUGACACACAAGCACCGCAAGUACCGGUUGAACGGCGCCAAGUAUUUUAGGAAAGCCAAUGAUUCAUUGAACCACCAGAAAUUGCGAAGGUUCGAGCCAGCCUCUUCCAGAUCAGUGGAG